AUGUCACCACAACAUGGGACUUCUUCCUCCCUGGCGUCUAUAGAGACAACGCCACCCACCACCUCCGGUUCGCAACCGCCGGCUCCCAGUAUUGACUCGUCCUCCGUGUCCAUUUCCUCGCUCCCCGAACAGCGAUCUUCCAGUGCCUCCUCCUUUUCCUCCAGUAAAGUGCAUAUCCCAAAACUGUCCGCGGCGACUACCGAGCUCCUGGCCCGGGUCACCGGCAAUAUCAGACGAGAACAGCAGCAGCAGCAGCCACCCCAGCAGCAAGGAAAUGAAACAAACCCCAUCCGGUGGACGAAUCCAUAUUCCAGUCAAGGCCUGUCUGAUUUUCGCAGUAUCCAACCUGCCAGCAAAAUGAGAGCUUCUUCCACCAUCAUAGAACUGCCAACGGCGCCGUUCGUCUACUCGAGUCAUAUGACAUCGCAGACACCUGCGACUUCCCAACAGACCCCAAGUCCAAAUGCUUCAAACCUUCCUCGUGAGUCUCAUGGAAACCCACCAAACCUCGUUGCCAUUGCUCCGAGACCAUCAGGGCCUCCCGCUGCUGCUCCCUCGGCGGCAACUCAAAUCCCAACGCCGUCGCAGCCUGUGGCUCCAACGGCUCCAACGGCCCCGGCAGCCAAACCUGCGUCCUCGACCACCCCUUUAGUUAAGCCAAAAGGACCAGCAGUCGGCUCCCGUCAACGCAAGAGUACCACAUCUAUAAACGGGGGGAAGCGCACUAAGAGGCGCAGACGAGGCAACCACAGUGAUGGUGAAGAUGUCAUCCGAGCCGACGAUUCCAGCUCGGAUGAAUCUGAUAUCACACCUACGGCUACGCAGACGAAGUCCGGCCGACAGGUCAAUCGCCCCUCACUCUAUGUACCUUCGGCAGUCUCCCCUGUGGCCGCCAAGACGAGCGGUGGCGCGACAGACACUCCGGGUCCAACAGCAGCUGCUCGCAAACGGAAACGAGUGAGUCAAAAAGGAAAGGACAUCAAUAUCAACUGCAUGCAUUGCCAGAGAGGCCAUAGUCCGAUGAGCAAUGUGAUCGUUUUCUGUGACCAAUGCAAUCAGGCGUGGCAUCAACUCUGUCAUGAUCCUCCGAUCGAAACCGAGUUCGUCACGGUCAAGGAGAGGGAAUGGCACUGUCGGGGGUGUAAGCCCGUCCGGAUCACCAUCACGCAGCCUACAGUGGUCCGCAGCAAUCCGAAUCUCAGCGGGCCUUCGUUCGGCUCUCAAACCCAUCUUCCACUGGCGCCACCCAGAUUAGAAACCGGCGGAGAAGGCCUUUCUACCGAUGAACGACGCGGCUUCUUGUCGACUCUGUCACAUGCGGCUCUCGUUGAGCUGCUUGUCACUUUAUCCAGCACUCAUCCGGCCAUGCCGAUGUUUCCGGAGGAUCUGAAAAGUCUGCCGUCAUCGAAAUUUUCGUUCCAACCAAAUCUAUCAGCAGUUUCUACUCCCCUCUCGACAUCAUCGACCACACCAGCGCUGACUAACUCAGCAAAUUCGACAUCGACACCGGGGGCUGGAGAAGACAUGGCUCCCACCAACUUUGACCCGCGCAAAAGAUACAUCGACGAGCCCUCGGAGGAUGACUCGGAGGACGAGGUUGUGGAGCAUCGUCUGUAUCCGCGCGCCGGGAAUGGUGUCCGUCUCCCGGUCAGCGUGGAUGACCUCGACAUUAUGCGUGAAGAUCCUCGUUGUCCCACGUUCAGCUACAUGCUACAUGGUUCCGCCCAGGCCCAGGUUAAAGCAAAUGGGAUGGCACCUGUCUGGGGCAACUGA